AUGUUAAGGUUCCGCAGCUUGCAAAGGGGAACGUCAUGGCUCACCCUAUUAAAGUUAGACGAGUUCACUGGAAACCAAGUUGUCAAACUAAUUGCAAAAUGUGGGCAACAACAAUUUAAAAAUAUUAAAGUUUUAGUCCACACCUUCCAAACCGUACUGGAGAAGGGGACACUGCCGAACAAGACGAUUCUAUGUACUUUUGGAAUAUACACUUCCACGUCGACCGUGGGGCCCGAGGAUGGGGUUUGCGACAUCAUUAUCUUGGACUACUUUUACAGCAAUGACAUGGGCACCUUUCUUGACAGUACAAAACUUGUGUUGCGGUGGUUUCUACGUUUGGCCAGCAAGAACAACGCGUACACCCAAUACGGAAUAGGAAUUGACCACAGUAAUGCCCUUCGAGCCUACAACGACCUCUACGACGCCGUUGGUAUAAGGACAUUUAGUGACUUCUGGAACCAGCACAUCCGGCAUUACGGACUGCUCAACUUCCAAGUACGCGAGGCUCUUGUGACCAAGAGAAGUACAGUCCGAGACUACGACAAACUUUUGAAGAGACUGAGAGAGCUCCAGGAAGUGAACAGAGCCGGGGACGUUGACAAGCUUGGAUAUAUCAUUCUUGGAGUCGGCCUUUUUGCUCCAAGAACAGGCAACGCCUACAACUACCUCAAAGAACUUCUCCAGUAG